CAGUCAGGCACGCACCCCACGCAACUAACUACCUAACCGAGGGCUCUAUCCCGCUGUAUGCCAGAUUAUUGCCAGUGGUCCAGCCGAUGCCCGAAAUCUUGUCAGGCUUCAGAGUUGGGACUUGCUACUUGCUACAUUGAUUGAUCCAUCGGACAUCGUUGCUCUCACAAUGGAUUUGUUGGACAAUGACCCUGGCCUCGGAGGUAGCCCACCGCCCAUGGACGACCAGGAGCCGGAGUCGGGCUCGGCUUUCGAGGACGAUGCCGUUUUGGUCGAGCAGGCCACGCCGGAGGAGGUCGUCACGCCCGCCACGCCGCCCAUCGAGUUGAACGGCGAUGAGGCUCACUCGGCCGAGGUGGUCGAUGAUCCCUUGAGCGAAGGCCUGGACAAUUUGCACGUGGACGGGGGUGUGAUGGGUGGGCCCAGCCCGCCCACCUCGCACUCGCCCACUUUUACCCCCGUCCGGCCCAAUGUGGAGCCGGAAACCAUGCGGCUGUGGCGGGAGGAGCAACGCCAACGCCUCGAGGACAAAGACCAGGCCGAAGACCAGGCCUUGAAAGAUCUCAAGGAAAAGGCCCAGAAGGAAUUAAGUGAUUGGUAUUCCAAGUACGAGGAUACUCUCAACCAGACCAAGAAUGAGAAUCGGGCUACGGAGCAGAAUUUUGUGGCCGAGAUGAACGAAAUUACCCCGGGCACGGAAUGGGAGCGCGUUCAUAAGCUCUGCGACUUUAAUCAGAAGACUAGUCGCAAUCACAAGGACACGUCCAGACUGCGGAGCAUUCUCUUGCAACUGAAGCAAACGCCCAAGGAGAUCAAGGCGCAUUAAAGGAGCUGCACCCAUCCCACCACGUGAUACGAGAAAAAGUGCUUUUAAACCGACAUCGAUGUACAUUUCACUCCACCCAGCGAGUAAGGGCCCAAGUACUCUUUUCCAUUGUUUAUUUUAUGAGAAAAGAUCAACACGAAAGAAUAAAAAACUAAUGGUAAAAAAAAA